CCCCGCUGCGCCCCGCGCCCCGCGUCCCGCGCCUGCCUCCCCGGCCCGGCCCGGCCGGGCGCUGUCCACCCGAGGGAGCCCGCGCCCCGCGACCGCCCGACCCUCCACCCGCCCACGAGCCGGGCACCUGUGCCAGAAGCCCUGCUGAAUCAACUGAGAAGAGACCUGCGGAGCAAUCACCAUGAGUAUCUCAGCUCUUGGAGGCAGCACCAAAGGGAAGCCUCUGCCAUCAGGUGAGGAGGAGCGCAAUAACGUCCUCAAGCAGAUGAAAGUGCGAACCACGCUGAAGGGGGACAAGAGCUGGAUCACCAAGCAGGAUGAAUCGGAGGGUCGCACCAUAGAGCUGCCCUCAGGUCGGAGUCGUGCCACAUCCUUUUCAUCAGCUGGGGAGGUUCCGAAGCCCAGGCCUCCGAGCACAAGGGCUCCGACUGGCUACAUCAUCCGGGGAGUGUUCACCAAGCCCAUAGACAGCUCUUCCCAGCCCCAGCAGCAGUUCCCCAAGGCCAACGGGACUCCAAAAAGUGCUGCCAGUCUGGUGAGAACAGCUAACCCUGGUCCUCCCCGCCCCUCCUCCUCUGGCUACAAGAUGACCACUGAGGAUUACAAGAAGCUGGCACCCUACAAUGUCAGGCGCAGCUCUACAUCAGGGGACACCGAGGAGGAGGAGGAGGUGCCUUUCUCCUCAGAUGAACAGAAGCGGAGGUCAGAGGCUGCAAGCAGUGUUCUGAGGAGAACAGCUCCCCGGGAGCACUCCUACGUCCUGUCGGCAGUCAAGAAGAGCACUGGUCCUACCCAGGAGACACAGGCGCCGUUUAUUGCGAAGAGGGUGGAGGUGGUGGAAGAGGACGGGCCUUCUGAGAAGAGCCAGGACCCAUCUGCUCUGGCAAGAUCCACUCCUGGCCCAAACAGUGCGGAUGAAGGCAGGACCAAAGCGUCUCAGGCAAUUUGGAUCGGGUGCCUGCCGAGUACGCCUAGCCCUGGUGGGAGCCAGGAGCUCAGGUCUUCCCCAGGCCACAAAGACAAGGAGGCCCCCUGCUCCAGAGAGUUCCAGAGGGACUUGGCUGGCGAGGAGGCUUUCAGGGGCCCCAACACAGACGCUGCAAGGUCAAGUGAACAGUUGAGUGAUGGCAACGUGGGAUCCGGAGCCACGGGCUCCUGGCCUGAAGGCUUGGCUGCAGUAGACAUCGGCUCUGAGAGAGGAAGCUCCAGUGCCACUUCAGUCUCUGAUGUCCCUGCUGAUAGGAAGAGCGACAGCACAGCAGCCCGGGAGGAUGCAAAGGCAGACCCAAAGAGGGCCUUGGCGGAUUAUGAGGAGAAGAAUGUGGCCACCAAGGUCGGAGAGGCCUGGCAGGAGAGGCCUGGAGCCCCAGGAGGUGGCCAAGGAGACCCAGCUGUACCCACUCAGCAACCUGCAGAUCCCAGCACCCCAGAGCGGCAGAACAGCCCCAGCGGAUCUGAGCAACUUGUCAGACGAGAGAGCUGUGCCAGCAGCGUGUUGGCUGAUUUUGAGGAGAAGAAUGUGGCCACCAAGGUCGGAGAGGCCUGGCAGGACAGGCCUGGAGCCCCAAGAGGUGGCCAAGGAGACCCAGCUGUACCCACUCAGCAACCUGCAGAUCCCAGCACCCCAGAGCAGCAGAACAGCGCCAGCGGAUCUGAGCAGUUUGUUGGACGAGAGAGCUGUGCCAGCAGGGUGAGGAGCCCCUCGAGCUGCGUGGUCACCGUUACUGUCACUGCCACUUCUGAGCAGCCUCACAUUUAUAUUCCAGCCCCCACAAGUGAAUUGGACUCCAGCUCUACCACCAAAGGGAUUCUCUUCGUGAAGGAGUACGUGAAUGCUAGUGAAGUGUCUUCUGGGAAGCCAGUAUCUGCACACUAUAGCAGUGUCAGCAGCAUUGAGGACUCAUUCGCCAUGGAGAAGAAGCCUCCAUGCGGCAGCACUCCAUACUCUGAGAGGACAACUGGAGGGAUCUGUACUUACUGCAACCGUGAGAUCCGAGACUGUCCAAAGAUUACCCUAGAACAUCUUGGCAUCUGCUGCCAUGAAUAUUGCUUUAAGUGUGGGAUUUGCAGUAAACCGAUGGGCAAUCUCCUGGAUCAGAUCUUCAUUCACCGUGACACCAUUCACUGUGGGAAAUGCUAUGAGAAGCUCUUCUAGCCCCCCCCGAUACCUAGGCUGAUCAGAAGCUGAUGACUCUGGACAAGUUUGGCUGUCCCCAGUUUUGCCCCAAGUUGCUGUCUCCCCUUCCCUCACCGCCUCCCACCCUGUUUGAUUUCUUCAUGCUUUUGCCCUUCUUAAGUUGAAGUUGCAUACAUCCAAUAUCGUAUCUUAAUGAUGCUAUGGUAAUUGCUUGUGUGUAUAGCUUCUCAUAGCUUAGAAAGCACUUUACAUCCAUGAUCUCAUUUCAGGCUCAACCAAACAGGAUCAAACAAGAAUUCCAUCUUGGCUUCCCUAAGACAGAUUAGCUUUCUAAUGAGUUUAGGUGGGUGGAAGUGUAGGGUUCAGUGUGUCCUGACUCCCUUGAGGCUUAUGAUGGGCCAAGUUGAAGACUGUUGAUGAUCCCUGAUGGGUAAAUUGCAGGCAUUGAAUGCUAGGGAUUGGCAUAGGCUAGUGUUUAGCUUGUCUAUUUGCCAUAUCUAUUUUUUUUAAAUUUCCAUAUACUUGUAAAAGUAGUUAGUUGCUUUUGAUUGACUUAUAUAGCAGUUUUUCAUUUUGUCUUCCACCUACCUUUCACUAUAUUUGAGUGUUCCCUUACAGGUAUGUUGGCAUGUGUUGGAAAAUUUACACAAUUAGGUUUAAAUUCAGUAGGAUAUGAUUUUAGGAUGCUACUGAUCAAAGUGAUAUCUGUGUCUGUUGGAAUCUAGAUAGUUGAUUAAUUUGCCCUCAAUUCUGCUCCCUGAACUUUACACAUAAAUCUUCCCAAGUGGGUGUUAGGGUGUGUAGAUCCCAGCAGGAUUAAGGAGGGGGAAAAGCAACUAACAUUUCUUGAGCCUGUACCACAUACCAGGCACUGUCACAAAGUGAUGGCAUUAAUCCCCAUGAUAAUCCUGUGAAGGCGAUAUUCUCAUCCCAUCUUAGAGAUGAGGAUAUUGGAACUCGGAGAGGUGGCCAUUGCAUUGUGCAGAACUCUACAGAGCCUGUGCUCUUCCCAGAGCAGCAGCCACAAAAGCAAGCAUUGAUUUUGUGCUCAGUGUGUGCCAAGCACUGUGCAGAGGGUACAUAGUUCCUGCCAGGUUAACACCCUCCCUUCAGGCCUCUCCAAGGCAUAGGCUUGCAAAGAGCAGAAGGUGUGAAAUCAUACUCUUCCUCUGGGCAUCCUGGAUCCCUGAAUUAUCCCCACCUCUCAAGAAGUACUUCAAGGGUCAAGCUGCCCCUUUCCCUCCCCUCCACCCAUGAAAAUGCCUCCAAACUGAGAUGCUUUCAGCUGAGAACAGAUUUGACUCAUAGGCAUUACCAAAGAGGAGCUUGUGAAUCCAGGAAAAGCUCCAGGGGGCUAGCUUAUCUGAGCAGAGAGCUUUCAGUGACCCAUUUUCCUGUCUAGACUCUGCCUCAAGCUAGUGGCAACUGCUGGGGCCCCAGGUACUUGGGACAUGGAAACUCAUUGGAUGGCUGGGCAGAUGCAAAGCCUGUUCAUGCAGUCAGCCGACCCUCUGCUCAGGUUCAGCUGGACUCUGCCAUCUGUGGGCCCAGCAUCACUCUGUAAGUUCCUUGAAAGGAAGAACAACCUUAGAGUAUUUCUGAUAUAAAAUGAGGGCCUGUUCUCUUGAUUUAAUUAUAAAAUGUCUACGUCUUUCUCCAGUUUCUGAGCCUUAUGCACAUUGGCUUGUGGACUUGUUCUUCCUGCCAAAUGAUCAGAGAGGAACAUUCCAUUUAUUUGUAUCAGAUUUCCUCUGGAGGGCAUGUACCCACACUAAAUAGCAACUGCUCUUCCUCAACUGUAGUCCCCAACAUCAGACUUGGCACGUGGUGGACACUAACACACAGUUACUAAAUGAAUGAGUGAAGGGAAGAAAAGUCACCCCGUUGGUGAGAGGUGCUAUCCCUGAGUCUCAGAGCAGGCCCAGUGGAUGAAAGGCAAGGUAAAGAGGCCCAAGAUAGGCUGGCUUCCCCCAUUCAAGGUAUAGUAUGCCUUUAAGGGAGUUUUAGAACCAACAUGCAAGAUAUGCAAAGAAAUCCUGCAAGAGCAUUAUUGACUUAGACCCAAAACAGCCUCUCUCAUGUCUAAAAAGGCACAGCAUUUUGCAAAUCUGAGGAAGAGGGAUGGUUGCAUUACAUUUUUGCUUCUUUUUAAUUGCUUAGUGUUUCUAAUCAUACUUAAUCCAUAUUAAUGUGCACAAUUAUAAUAAAUGGUAAGAUAUUACAUG